CAUGGUGAUCUAACACAAUCACAAAAGUUAGAUCAAGAAGUGAGAAUUUGUGGAGAUCAAUUACUCCAUUUACAACCGAAGUGGAACUAUUCCAAAAGAAACACAGUAUAUGUGGAGGUUAUAGAAACGAAGAACAUGUUUCCCAAAGAAAUGGAAAUCAAACAACCCCUGCAACUUUAUUGAGAAACAUAAACUCAAAUUCUACUGUUAAAAUUUGUAUAUUAAAUGUAUUUUAGUUGGUUGUGAACUUGUGAUAGACAGUGAAAUUGUCAUAAAGAAUCACUCUCAAAAGUAACAAAGCUCAGUGCAGUCAGACACCACAAGGAGAGAAAACUAGCCAGCUGGUCCAUGCAAUAACAUGAGUUGACUUUUUCUGUUGUUUCAUUAGAGAUGGUGUUGACUAAAUCCUUCAAAAUAUUCCUAAGCUCUAUUUCCCAUUAAGAAAUGUCAUCCCAAUAUUCUUUCUAGUUUCUCUUCCGACAAACUGUCGCCAAACGAAAUUAUUUUCGCAAACUAAUUCAUUGAUCCUGGCACUAUCAAUGAUAUAUUUCAAAUAAUACAAUACACCAUCCCAACAGUAUAUAAAGGACCCCCGUCUCACACUUUCAUAACACUUCUUCCCUCUCCUCAAAACUCACAUUUCCUCUGUUCCUCCUUUUGUCUAAAAUUCAUAGCUAAUGGCGACUAAAACAACACUUCAUCUUUUCGACAUUAUUCGGCAGUUGCCUCUGCUUCUGCUAUUAUCAUUUCACUCCAAUGUGGCUAACGCUGCCGGUGGCAAGUGGGAGCUACUCAUGUCCAACAUUGGCAUUUCAGCCAUGCACAUGCAACUCCUCAACAACGACAGAGUCGUCAUGUACGACCGUACUGACUUUGGUGCAUCCAACAUCUCGUUGCCUAAUGGCAAAUGUCGCAACAACCCUAAUGACCUUGCCUUGAAAGUCGAUUGCACUGCUCACUCUGUUGAAUACGAUGUGUCCACCAAUUCUAUACGACCCCUCAUGGUCCAGACUGACGUGUGGUGCUCCUCUGGCUCAGCCACCUCUGACGGUACUUUGGUCCAAACUGGUGGCUUCAACGACGGUAAAAAUAUGUUGAGAGUUUUCAGACCUUGUAGCACUUGUGACUGGCAGGAAAUGGGAAAUGGCCUAAUUCAAAGUCGAUGGUAUUCUACCAAUCAUCUUCUUCCCGACGGAAGACAAAUUACCAUAGGCGGUCGUGACGCUUUUAACUACGAGUUUUAUCCCAAGACUGCUUCAACCAACAAAGUAUUUAGUCUACCCUUUCUUCAACAGACAAAUGAUCCAAGACAAGAGAACAAUAUUUACCCGUUUGUUUUUCUUAAUGUGGACGGAAAUCUAUUCAUUUUCGCCAACGACCGAGCUAUCUUGUUCGAUUACAUGAAAAACACGAUAGUGAAAACGUACCCACAAAUACCUGGUGGCGAUCCAAGAAAUUAUCCAAGUACAGGCUCUGCAGUUCUUCUUCCGUUAAAGAACAUGGGGGCACAAACGGUUCAAGCUGAAGUUUUGGUGUGUGGUGGAGCACCAAGAGGCUCAUACCUCAGAGCGACAAGAGGUGACUUUGUCGGUGCAUUAAACACGUGUGGACGGAUUACAAUCACCGAUCCAAAUCCACAGUGGACCAUGGAGACCAUGCCGCUAGCUCGGACGAUGGGUGACAUGGUAAUUCUACCAAACGGUAAUGUGAUGAUCGUCAAUGGAGCAGCAGCGGGAACAGCCGGAUGGCAAAUUGCUAGGAAUCCUGUCUUGAGUCCGGUGAUUUACCGACCCGAUAACCCAUCUGGUUUCAGAUUCGAGGUACAAAACCCGAAUACAAUACCAAGAAUGUACCACUCGACCGCGGUUUUACUUAGAGAUGGACGAGUUCUUGUUGGUGGUAGUAAUCCAAAUGAGUUCUACAACUUCACUGGAGUUCUUUUUCCAACAGAGUUAAGCUUGGAGGCAUUCUCACCGUCCUACUUGGAUCCAAAAUCUUCUAAUUUGCGGCCACAUAUCAUUUCUCCCGCUUCCGAUAGUAAAAUCAAGUAUGGACAAAGUGCUGAUAUUCGGUUUACUGUUUCCGGAUUACUAAACACAGAUUUGGUCAAAGUGACAAUGGUUGCACCUGGGUUUAACACACAUUCAAAUACUAUGAAUCAAAGAAUGCUAGUGCUUUCAAGUGGAAAGGUGAAAAGGAAUGGAAAGUUCACUUACCAAAUCAAGUCAAUCUUCCCUAAUUCGGGUAAAUUAGCUCCACCCGGUUACUACAUGUUAUUUGUGGUUCAUCAAGAAAUACCAAGUGAGGGAAUUUGGGUCAAGAUCCAAUAAUUGGAUUUUUGAUUUCCUGGAAACAUUCUUUUCUUGAUUUUGAAAUAAGUUGUUGUAAUCAU